ACUUCGCAUUAAGAAAAAUGGAACAGGUUUGCAGGUCACUGAUAUCUGGCAUUAUGCAUUCCUGAAACCUUAAAAUUAUGUGUGUCUUGUAGGAAGGCAUUUUCUUUAUCAGAACACUGCUAAUGGAAUUUGUUUUGGAAAUUGGGAAUCUACACCAUUCAAACAGUAAGCUUUCAAGUCUCUGCCACAUUGGAUUUGAAGUGCAAUGAUGUCUGGAGAAGAGUACGUGUAUUUUUUCAGCCUGUACUGCUUGCUUUUGGAGCUCUUGGGUUUCUACUACCAAGAUGGGAGAGAUGCCUGCCACAUCAAUGAACCUGUGCGGGUGGACAGGGGCACCAGAGUAGCCACAGCAGCAUAAAUACCCAGGAGUGGAUUUUUAUGGAAGAACGGGGUUGUUCUGAGUGUUGGACAGGUUAAGCCCUCCCUGCGCUUUGAGAAAAGCUCUUGGAAAAGAUACUGAGUAUUGUGUGUUGUGGUUGCAUAGUGAUACCAUGGUUCUUGCUCUGUGAUGAAUAGUUUAAAUGAAAGUGACUGGUGGGCUGCAAAUAAUCAGAACAGAUUUUGUGAGUAUACUGUAAAAUAGGGGGUCCCAGAGAGUAAUGAGCCUUUUCCAGCUUCACGCCCUCCUUGGAGUUGGGCUCAGGUGCUGAAAAAUUCUCAUGAAAUUUCCAGAAUAUAACAAAUAAUCCCCCAGCAUCAAAUAAGUAUUCCCUAUCCUGAGUGGAACUGAUAAUUGGAAUUAAGGCUUGAACUCAGAGGAGAAAAAGUGCUCCUAUUUUUUUGUUUAUUUUUAGUGGAUAGCAUUGAGAAGCAGCGUACAUAACAUUGCUCACUGGUAAGCUCCAAAUAGUGUGAUCACUAGCAAGCUGCCAGUAGUUAGUAAAAAGAGUUUUCUGCAUCCAGUCUUCCUUAGUUCCCACCUUAGAAAUUUCUCUGGGAAUUUCAUAUGGUCCUAAGCUUGCAUGUGUGUUAUCCCCAUACCGCAGAAGCAGCAAGCGCCCUUUUCCAUGCGUGGGGGAGCAUUAAUAGCUAUGUCCAACGGGCAAACAGGCAUUCUUCUGGCUGGUGGUCACAUGAAAUUUGAAAGCCUUUAUAAUGUCCAGUGUUUUUACUGAAUAGCUGAUGCAGACAUGGAUUGCUGGGCACUGCCUCGGGAUCGUCUGGGAGGUUACUGAGCUUUUGGUUUGAUCUUGGAGCCAUCUUCAUGUGUAAAUAAAGGGGGCAAGCUAAUGGUAGGUUGCCCUCUAUGGACAGCGGACAGCCAGCCCAGGAGGGAAAAGUUGUGCUGAAGAAGAAAGUGACACUUUUGAGGGGGAUAUCUAUCAUAAUUGGCACUAUCAUUGGAGCUGGCAUCUUCAUCUCUCCCAAAGGCAUCCUGAAGAACACAGGCAGCGUGGGCAUGUCCUUGACUGUCUGGACAGUGUGUGGUAUCCUCUCGCUUUUCGGUGCCCUCUGCUAUGCUGAACUAGGAACAUGCAUUAAGAAAUCUGGUGGUCACUACACCUAUAUCCUGGAGGCCUUUGGCCCAUUACCUGCUUUUGUGAGAGUCUGGGUUGAAUUACUCAUCAUUCGCCCUGCUGCCACAGCAGUGAUAUCGUUGGCAUUUGGACGUUACAUUUUGGAACCUUUCUUUAUGCAGUGUGAAAUCCCAGAACUUGCAAUUAAACUUAUUACAGCUGUUGGCAUCACGCUAGUGAUGGUCCUGAAUAGCACGAGUGUCAGCUGGAGUGCCCGCAUUCAGAUUUUCCUUACCUUUUGCAAGCUUGUAGCAAUUCUGAUAAUUAUAGUCCCUGGAGUUAUCCAGCUAAUUAAAGGAGAAACACAGCACUUUAAAAAUGCCUUUGCGGGGAAUGAUGCCAGUGUUAUGGGAUUACCGCUUGCUUUCUAUUCAGGAAUGUAUGCCUAUUCAGGCUGGUUUUACCUCAAUUUUGUUACUGAAGAAGUGGAAAACCCUGAAAAAAACAUACCCCUCGCAAUAUGCAUUUCAAUGAUUAUCGUCACAGUUGGCUAUGUGUUAACAAACGUGGCUUAUUUCACUACAAUCAGUGCUGGGGAAUUGCUGCUUUCAAAAGCUGUAGCAGUGACCUUUGCUGAACGACUAAUGGGAAACUUCUCUUUAGCUGUACCGGUAUUUGUUGCUCUCUCCUGCUUUGGAUCUAUGAAUGGUGGCAUUUUUGCGGUCUCCAGGAUGUUCUUCGUUGCAUCCCGCGAGGGUCACCUUCCGGAAAUUCUCUCCAUGAUUCAUGUCCGCAAGCACACUCCUCUGCCAGCUGUCAUUGUUUUGCAUCCUCUCACAAUGAUAAUGUUAUUCAAUGGGGAUCUCUACAGCCUCCUGAAUUUCCUCAGUUUUGCCAGGUGGCUUUUUAUUGGACUAGUAGUUGCUGGGUUGAUUUAUCUCAGAUAUAAACGUCCUGAUAUGCCUCGUCCUUUCAAGGUGCCUCUCUUUAUUCCAGCGUUGUUUUCCUUCACCUGCCUUUUCAUGGUUGCACUGUCACUUUACUCUGAUCCAGUGAAUACAGGGAUUGGAUUUGCAAUAACCCUGACGGGAGUUCCUGCCUACUACCUCUUUAUUGUAUGGGACAAGAAGCCAAAGUGGUUCAGAAAGAUCCUAGACAGGGUAACUGUAACACUGCAAAUCCUCUUGGAAGUUGUCCCAUCAGAGGAAGACCAGAAAUCAUGAUCUUCAUGUACAGCUUUUGGCUUGCUGUUUCAUUUCAACACGAGGAAGAGGGUAGGGAGAUUUCUCCCCCUACCUAAUGUUCUGCAAACUGGAGGAACUGAGAUGGAUACCGAGCAAGUCAGUUACCAGAACUGUAUUUCAUGAUGUUGUAAACUUCUUUUAAUGUGGUUGGUUUAUAUGCAGAAAGCAAGAACUUGUGCGACGAGGGAACUCAUCUCUUCGCUAUUUGUUACAGUGUCAUAUUUUAACAAACGAUAGGUUCAUCACACUAGGAUUUUUGUUGUGUUGUCACUGAAAAUAGGUUUAAGCAACGUGUAAGUAAUCAUCAGGUGUACUGUGAAGAAUGUAUCCUGCUUGCUGUCCCUGAUGAGCCCAACUCUUACCAGAGACAGCUCUGCUGAGAUUCACUUACUAAUAUUCUUCCCGUCAUUCCCUUUGGCAGCCGGAUUUGACUUCUUUUGGCUUGCUGGGAGCACCAGCACACCAAGGCAGAAGCACAGCAGUUUCCACACCUUCGUGGUGGCAAGCACAAUGUUUUUUUCAUUCCAGAAUUUUUAUACUAUAACCGAUGGGAGCAUCUUCUGAGAAUUAAUAUUUCUUCCAGUGGGGCAGGAAGAUUUUAGCCUGGGGGCGGUAAUUUCAUACAUGUUAAAGUCUGGAUAUGGUUACUGUUUUUACCACUGUUUCUUCACGUACAUAUGUAUAGGAAAUACAGCAACUGAGUAAUCAACCUUCAAAUGAGUCAAAAUAUUUGAAUGCGACCUCUGCUGCUGUAUGAAUUUUCUAUCUGGAAGCAUAUGCACCUGCAGUUACCAGUCAGGCAAACCUGAUUUUAAAGUUUUAUGUCAUUGUCAGUGGACAGAAAUGAAUAAUAGUCACUGGUGGGAAUACUGUACAGACAUGGCAAUAAAUGCAGUACCUAUUUAUGAAUAAGGUAUAAGGCAAGCUACAACAGAUUUGUUGAUUUGAGCAGGACAUGUGCCUAAUCUGUGGGCUUUUCAUUCAAACACACUCCAGUUAACUGGGAUUUGAAACACCAAGGAACAGGUGCUCUGCUAAUGUCUUCUUUCAGAUUUUAUCUUGGCAAAAACAGAGAAAGGCCAUUAAAACUGAUGAAAUCAAACAAAAUUAAUUUUCAGAAUGAUGUUUGUGCUGAGAUUUGGCUCAAAUAUGAGCUGAAAUUUUGCCCUUUUUUCAAGAUAGUUGUAGAUAAAUAAAUUUUUAAUGCUUAGAAAUUGAGUUUUAUAUUGUUAGUUGAAGACUACUCAACCUUAAGGUUAAGGUUUGCUAUUGCUCUGUUAAGAAUAUAAUGCUUAAAUAUUGAAUGCACUACUUUUUGAGCUGUUUGCUAUUAGCAAGUCAUAUGUUUCAUGAAAACUUUUAUGGAACUAAGCAACAUUAAACUUCCUAAAUUGGGAGAAAAGCACAACUAGUAGCCAGACCACUACAGUAAAGGGAGACUGUGUAUUGUGUAUGUGUUGUAUAUAUCCAGAAUAUCUACCAUUUUAAGGGUGUACAGUAAGAUGUCUUAAAUUUAUACAUGUUUUUCUUUCUUGUAUUUCUAUGGUAGAAUUAGGGAAAUGGGAGUAACUGAUUAUGUUAGAAGAGCAGUAAUUUAAGACACAGAAAACAUUUUGCAAACAAUAUUUUGAACGUUUUCUGUUUACAGUAACUUAAAGUGUUAUUUGAAACUUUUUUAGGCAAACAUUUUGAGAGAGAUUUUUGUGUUGACAGUGCAUGUGUUUAAUUAGUAUUCACCUUUGGGUCAGAAUUCUGCUUUUGAGGCCAUCUCCUGCCAUGCCAGUUCACCAGGGUUUGGCCUGUGUCAUUGUGGAACAUCUUCAAAGUACACAAACUGCAUUUCUCUCCGAUAAAAAUAAACUGCCUGACUCCCUCCAGGGGCACACCUAACACACUCCUCUGUGGAUGGAUGCUGAGCAUGUGGGAUCCUGCCAGAGCUAGUCCAAAGCAAACCCUCCUGAACACUGAUAGCGUGAACACCAGGUUUUCAGCACCAACUGUUUUAUUCCACAUAUUCACUCCUAUUGUGCCGUGUUACUUGAAAGUUUAAAUGUGGGCAGUGUUAACUGGUAGAAAUAAAUGGGCUCUGUAAAUAUAACUGAAUGUUGCUUUAUUUUCCUGUUGUGGAUGUGGAUGUUUAGAAAUGUUUCUGAAGCCUGAUUCAAUGACCACAUUUUACUAAGUUUAUUUCAUGCAAGGGGUUAAUUUGUCCCAGGAGCAAUCCUACGACUCACUGAUUGUUCAGCUGUAUAUUUUGGGAAGAAAAAAAUAAUUGCCUGUAAAAUAAAAAAAAAAAAUUUUGGAAAAUGCACAGGGAUUCUAAUUUCAGGUUUAGUUUCUUUAACACAUAUAAUUACAAUACGAAAUAUUGUAAUUGGUUUUCCACUGUGUUAUGAAAGUCAGUAUUAAGGACUUUCAUUACACCUGGAAGUGAAGCAUAUCCU